CAUCAUGGAAAUACUCUAUUUUGUAUAUGCACAUGCACAUGGGCAUACAAUGCAAUCCCCAAAGGCCAAAGGCCAAAGGAAGGAGAGAGAAAGAGAGAGUUGUAGUUGUAGUAGUACCUCCUCCUUCUCCUGUGAUGGUCUCCCGGCCUCACACAUGACAUGUGCAUGCGAAUUGCCAAAUGCAAACGCAAUUCGUCGGAUCCUCCAAUCCAAUAACUCUGCCGCCGCCUUCCCCUUUCCAUGAUCCCCUCCGCCCCUCGCCGGACCGCCUGCCCCUGCCGGUCCCGUCGCCGCAAUGUCGCCGCUGGGAAGGCGCCUCCGCUCGUCGCCUCGUCGGUCACGGCCAGGGCCCUCGCCGCCGGCCUAUGGAGGCUGCGCCAAGCGGAGCGCUCCGCCGCCGCCGCUGCUCGCCGGCAAGACAACCAGCCUAGGCCUAGCCUCCUUGGUGUUGGUGGACGGAAAGGGAAAGCGCCGAGUGAAAUUCAUUUUGGAAUUGGGAGGAAGCAGCAAUGUUGUAGGAGCCAUGGCAAUGGCAAUGGAAUCUUAGACAAGAUUGAGGCGGCCUGCUCUUCUUCAUAUUCAUAUUGUGGUUCCAUGGAGAAGGCAACCAAAUGGGACAAUGGCAAGAAGCAGAGCUUGGUGAAGAAGGAAAUUGGUUCCAGCAGCAGCAGGAGGAUGCGAUCAUUGGAGAAUGCGCUGGAGAAGGCGCGAGCAGAGAUUGUUGAGAUGGAGGAGGAAAAACGGUUGAUGAGCAGGAAGCUGAGGAAGGUGGCGGAGGAGAAGGCGGCUGCGAGGGAGGAGCUGAAGCUGGAGCGUCAUCACCGGCGGGAGCUGGAGGGCGCGAACGGCAAGCUGGUGAAGGAGGUGGCGAGGGCGAGGCAGAGGGUGGAGACGGAGCGGAAGGCGCGGGAGCUGAUGGAGGAGGCGUGCGAGGAGCUGAGCAAGGAGGUGGAGGAGGACCAGGCGGAGGUGGAGGCGCUCCGCCGCGAGUGCGUGUCGAUGCGGGAGGAGAUGGAGGAGGAGCGGCGGAUGCUGCAGAUGGCGGAGGUGUGGCGGGAGGAGCGGGUGCAGAUGAAGCUCUCCGACGCCAAGGCGGUGCUGGAGCACAAGUACGCCCACCUCAACACCCUCCAGUCCGAGAUGGAGUCCUUCCUCCUCCGCCAUGGCCACCGCACCCACAACCACGCCCAGCACCGCCGCACCGUCGACAUGUUGGCCGCAUCCGUCCGCGGCGCCAACGCCGACGACGGCCUCUUCCCCCCCGCCAACACCUACAAGAGCCCCCACGCGCCCGACGACGUGGACAAGGUGUUCGACCACUUCCGCCGCAACAACACUGACACCUCCAGCAGUGUUGCCAGCCCAGCAACCGACCUUUUCCUAGAAAAACUGGAGGACGACGAUGAUGGUGGCUGGCCAUGGGAAAGGGAAACCCCUCGUCCUCCUCCUCAUCAUACUAGCAAUGCUGCUUGCAGUAAUAGCAACGACCAUGGCGGGAGGAGCGGAGUAACGGAGGAGGAGGGCGGGUCCGGCCGGAGCAGGCGGUCGGGGAACUUCAACACAGCGCUGAUACGCAGGCUGUGGCAGUCAGCCAUCAGCGAGAGCAGGAGGAAGACAGCAGCUUCAGCUUCAGGGAGAAACAGAGUCUUGCACAACGGCUUCUCACCAUCGAGGUCCAGUACUGUGGUCGAUCAAGCAGGAUCAGCAGCUAUGGAGAAGGAGAAUGAGAUUAAUAGCAAGAAUAAGAAAAAGAAGAAGAAGAGCCUGAUGGAGAAGCUGAUGGAGGCGAGGAUGGACGAUCAUCACACUGCAGACAAGCCUUGCCAACCACAGAUUAUCAAUUAUGCAAGCUAACAACACACAGAUUAUUACGGACUACCUUAUUACCAGUUCAAAAUGCACGGAUAUAGUACAUCUAGCUCCAUCCAUUGAUACAAGACAACAUCAUGUAAGUAUAUGCACAUUCAUAUGCUGGUGUAUGUAUGUACUUAGUAGUAUAUCUCAUCUCUUCUCUGUACAUUAUAUAUUCGCUUUAUUACUCACUCCAUUGUACAGACUACACAAUACUGAUCGAUCCAAUCAUCCCAUCCACACAUCUAUGGUCCUUACGCAAGGGCCAAGUCUCGCUGUA